GUGAGGUUCGUGGACCAGGACGAUGUUUGGCUAAGCCCGGCUUACGGAAGGAGGAUUUGUUAUAUUGGGAUUAUUAUGUACAGGCCCUAUAAACAACCAACGCCUUAUAAAAAAUAUUGGACCGCCUUUGAAGAAAUCAUGAAAUCUUGUGAGGGUAGACCUCAUUGGGCCAAGGCCCACAAAAUGUCCGUAUUAGAACUUUCAAAGUCCUAUCCAAAAUUUGAAUCCUUCAUAAAUAUUCAGAAACAACUGGAUCCAUCAGGAAUAUUUCUGAAUUCUUAUUUAAAGAGACAUUUCUUUGGACUCGAGGAUGAAGAGAAUGAGGCCAAACGCUUUAAAGCCAAGUUGUAA